CGCGCGUUACAGCGCAUUCCGCUUCAUCGUGCCUUGGCUAACGAGUUGCGAGCAACGUGUAUAUUAAAUUCAGGUCCUGGAGCCACUGGCAGCUAGUGACCACCCGAUGGUGUUAGCCAGCCUUGAGCUGCCGAUGCCCUACACGCGUCUGCCGGAGCCGUUCUACAAGUAUUGCAAGACGGACUUCAAUGGUCUAAAUCGAGUCGCAAGUGAAGUAGACUGGCCGCUGUUGCAGGAUUCCUCCGUUGAAGCCUGUUGGUCUGUUAUAAAAGAGGGUGUGCAAUCGUUGUGCGCUCGUUUCGUACCCCACAAGUGUCGGAAAGCCGGACCAGUGAAGCCACAUUGGUUCGACAAAAAGUUUAGUCACUUGGCUCGACGGCGACGCGUAUCGUGGAAUACAUUCCUUGUGUCUAGCUCUGCCGAAGAUUAUGACGCGCACAAAUAGCAGCAGAAUCUAUGCAACUGGCCAAAAGGGC